UGAACCGCUCCGGUCGGUUUUUCCAGACACAGCCGCCGCUUCCCCCUCGUCCACACCUCAGCUACACUACCACUUUUACUACUUGUUUUUGAUUCAGUUUUGUGUGGACAAAAUGUCUUUGCAGUUUGAGCUGUGUCCCGGCAGAAUGAUCGGCGGAAACAACCCGUGCUUUAUCAUCGCUGAAAUUGGGCAAAACCACCAGGGAGACAUUGAGAUUGCCAAGAAAAUGAUCAAAAUGGCAAAGGACUGUGGUGCCGACUGUGCCAAAUUCCAGAAGAGUGAAUUAGAGUACAAAUUCAACAAGCAAGCCUUGGAUCGCCCGUACAAAUCUCCUCACUCCUGGGGAGCAACUUACGGUGAACACAAGCGUCAUCUGGAGUUCAGCCAUGAGCAGUACAGGGAGCUUCAGAAAUAUGCUGAGGAGGUCGAGAUCUACUUCACUGCUUCGGGGAUGGAUGAGAUGGCUGUGGAGUUCCUCCAUGAGCUCAAUGUGCCUUUCUUCAAAGUGGGCUCUGGGGACACCAACAACUUCCCCUAUCUGGAGAAGACUGCCAAGAAAGGACGUCCCAUGGUGGUGUCCAGCGGGAUGCAGAGCAUGGAGACGAUGCGUCAGGUCUACAAAAUAGUGAAGGCGCACAACCAGAACUUUGCCAUCCUGCAGUGCACCAGCGCUUACCCUCUGGAAGCUGAAGACGUCAACCUCCGAGUGAUUACGGAAUACCAGAAGGAAUUCACAGAUAUUCCCAUUGGGUAUUCUGGCCAUGAAUCUGGGAUCGCUAUUUCAGUCGGGGCCGUCGCUCUGGGGGCAAAAGUUGUUGAGCGCCACGUAACCUUGGACAAGACGUGGAAAGGAAGCGACCACGCAGCCUCGCUGUUGCCCUCUGAGCUAGCAGAGCUGGUUCGCUCCAUCCGACUUGUGGAGCGGGCACUGGGGGGCGGCGUCAAACGGAUGUUACCUUGUGAGAAGGCGUGCCAUGAUAAGCUGGGUAAAUCCUUGGUGGCCAAGGUGCGAAUUUCCAAAGGAACCGUCCUGACUCUGGACAUGAUGACGGUGAAGGUGGCCGAACCCCAGGGCAUCCCACCGGAGGACAUCUUCGAGCUUGUCGGUAAGACCGUGAUGAAGGACGUGGAGGAGGACGAGAGCAUCUUGCCAGAGGCGGUGGAUAGGUACAGCAAGAAGAGGAAGUGCUGAGGUUGGCGGAGUUUUGAAAUGGGCGAAAAAGGCACUUAAUUUGAGAGGAAAUAUAAUCGAUCAUUGGAUUCAGAGGGAGCUUAAUGUGACACACAGGAGUGUGAUGGUAACUUUGUUUGGUGCUGCUGGGAUUUCUGACAUUGAAGUCAAGGACGAUCAGUAACGAUCUGUAUAAUUUGAGUAUAUCACGGCUGGUGUUUAAACAGAUAACUCUUUGCCAAAGCAUUUUAAUUUUCUAAAAGCCGCCUUAAUACAAUACACUAACUUCUUGGCAAACAGGCUCUUUGAUAAACCCUCUAUCAUCUCACGCUCAGUAGUAGUUUCAGUGCAUUGCUGUCUGAGGUGGCACAAAAGCCUCUUGUUACUGUUGACUACAUAUACUUUGCACUAUAGUCUUAGUCUUGAAUUAAUAUUGAACACAUGAAGCUGCUACUAGCUGUCUCAUCACACAACAGUGAGAUCAAAGAGCCCAUUUGCCAAACAGUCAUUGUAUUCUCAAUGUACAUGCGCAUUCAUGUAAGUUUGUGGUAUCAGGCAAAGUUUGUAUUUGUACAGCUUCUUUACGAGAUGAAAAAAAGGACUACUGGAGCAGGAUGCUUUCCUAAACUAAAAGAAGAAAUAUUCAUUUGUUGUCAGCAUCAGAUUAGGUACACAGCAUAAUGUCCACUGUUUACUGUUUAUCUUGUUUUGGUCAUGAAUACAACAUCCUCUAAUCUUGAGUGUAAGAUGAAGGAUGUUAAUAUACAUGUAACAAGUCGAAAUCUGUUGGGACUUUGUUGAGCUCUGUGAUGUUAUGAAAAGAUGAAGCAUCCAAUUAAAAUGUUGCCUGAA